CUCACAAGGUUAGUACGUAUUAUAAAAUAAAAUUCCAUGCAAAACAUUUAAUUCUAGUAGUAAUUAUUAUUUCAUCAAAAUUUUAUAUAAAUAUUGUGUACUAAGUCAGGACCUCAAAAUAAGGAGAAACCACAGAAAAGAAGUGAGUCCGUGAAUGAUGAUUCUUAACAAUGAUGCUUAGAAUAUUCAUCAGUAUUAAUGGAAACAAAUCUACUACUGUUAAUUGGUUAAUUAGAAUAUGAGGAUGCAACUCCUUAGUGUAUAUAUAUUCGGAAAAUGAAUAACAUGAUAAACUAAACACUACUUCACAAUUUAUAGUAACACUCUCUUUCUCUCUCUCUCUCUCUAGAUUUUCUUAAUAUCUUCACAUUGUUCUUCGUUUUUGUUUGUUUCUUUGUUUUUCCCGAGAAAAUUAACAGAGAAAGAUACACAUACUUGAUGGUGAUGAUGGAAUUCCAGAACCGCAGAGUGCUACUACUCCUCAACAAGGAUGUUCCAAUAUCUUCACCGCCGCCGCCGCCGCCGACAGCGUCGUCAACUCCGGCGAUGGCCAUGUAUGGAUCAUCGUCAUUGCAAGUACCAGCUCGUCCGAUGUUCAGUUCAAACAUAGCCUACGCCUUCAUCAUCCUCCUCACCACGCUCUUCUUCCUGGCCUUCAUCCUCCUCUUCUUCCGCCAAUUCUCGUCCUCCGGGAGCAGAAGCCGUUGCUCGGAGGAAACGACGGAGAAGUGGGCGCUGCCGACAGUUGCGUACAGUAGGGGGAAGAGGAAGGUGAAAGAGCAGGAAGAGGAGUGCGUGAUAUGUUUGGAAGAGCUUCGCGAGGGUGAAACGGUAAAAAUGAUACCUCACUGCAAACACGUGUUCCAUCCUAACUGCAUUGACACGUGGCUCCUCACUCACGUGACAUGCCCCGUGUGCAGAUGCCCCAAGGUUUGUGAAGAAGAAGAGAAUGAUGAGGGAGAAACAAGAAUAAGAAGAGAGGUAGUUGAAAUUCAGUUACAAGAGUCUCAAACUGAAAGAGCGGUGAGUAGUGAUGAGAGAAGAGAAGCAACUGGGUUGAGGAGAUCACUUAGCUUCUGACUAUGAAUUUUAUUUCCUCACACUCAGCUUCCUCAGACGUGUAAAUUAAAUGGUGAAAACUCAGGUACAGGCGAUAUCAUAUCAUGUAAAGUUAAUAGUUAAUAGCAAUUAAAUCAUCUAACCGCUAUUCACUUUUCAUGAAGUCGACUGUACCUGAGUAUUCACCAAAUUAAAUACAUAGCGUAGACAUGCAACACAAACAAGCCACUCUUUGCAUAAACGCUUGAGAACUUGAGAGAUAGCUACUUGCGGCUUCACCUGUAAACUGUAAUGUAAUUUUUUUUUUUUCAAAGUUAACUGAAACUUGAACCUGAGAUCUCUAAAUGUGGAUGGAGAAUUAUAUUAUUUGAGCUCUAGUUUGUUGGGUAAACUGUAAUGUAAUUACAUGCUACAUAAGUUUAGUUAUUUCUUUAAUUUUAUUUUCUAGUUCGAAGCUAAAUAAUAC